AUGGUCUUCGAGCUCACUCCCCCGUACAAGUACCGCAGCUCGCUGCCGAAGUGUGUGAUCCGCAUUGACGACAAUUGGUACGACUGCACAUCCUGGCGCAACUCGCACCCUGGUGGGGCGCAAAUGUGUGAUGAGUUCCAUGGAAAGGAUGCUACAGAUGCGUUCUACUCGCUGCACUCGAAGGAGGCGAUUCAGAAGCUGAAGCGCAUGAAGGCACUGCCGCUCAAGGAAGGCGAUGUACCUCGCGAUCAGGUGUCGCUGAACUUUGAGAAACUCCUUCAGCAGUUUCGAAGCGAUGGGUGGUUUGAGCGGAGGUGGAUUAUCGACUUUGCACGGAACAUUAUACCGGUCAUUGUGCUCUGCGUUGUCGGGACGUACCUGAGCUACUCGCGUCCUUUCCUGGCCACCCUUCUGAUCGGACUAGGCAUGCAACAGGGCGGCUGGUUAGCGCAUGAUUUCACGCAUGCUCGCGGCAAGUUUGCCCGCUUCCUCGCCAAAGCCUGUGGCGGCAUGAUCAAUGCCUUCUCGGUGGAGUGGUGGUCAAACAAGCACAACAGUCAUCAUAUUUUUGUGAAUCGCAAAGGCAUGGACGCUGACAUCCACAACGAGCCUGCCCUGUUCCUCUGGGUGCCGGAUGUGUCCGAGGACACCGCGUGCAGACGGUAUCAGUACACGUUCUACCUUGCCGCGUACUCUCUCCUGUAUGUUUCGUGGCGAAUUCAGUCGCUGCGGUUUGCACUGGGAAGCGGUAACAGGCUCGAGCUCUCGCUGAUGGCGCUCAACUACCUGUGGUUGGCGCUGUUGCCGUGGAAGGUUGCCCUGGGUAGCGUGCUUCUUGGUGGUUUUUUUGUCGCCGUAGUGGUGACGGCGAACCACCAGACAGAGGAAAUGAUCGAACAUGACGAGCCGUACAACUACGUUGUUGAUCAGCAUCGCGCCACCCGUGGCGUCCACUGCUCCGACCCUUUUUUUGAGUGGUUUUUUGGUGGCAUGCAGUACCAGCUGGAGCAUCACCUUCUUCCGAUGGUUCCCCGCUACCGGUACCCGGAGGUGCGGCCCAUUUUGCGCAAGUUCUCGGAGGACAAUGGGCUGCCAUUUCACGUGGAAGGAAUCUGGAAGAUCACCAAGAUGAAUUUUGACGUCUUGUACCGUAUCUCCACCACGCCUGCUGUGAGUUCAGCGGGGGGCUAA